AUGAGGGGCUGGGCGUGGCGAUGGUUUGUGCUUCAAGAUAACAUUCUUACCUAUUAUACUUCAAAAGAAAAACGUCAAAUCGGUGAAAAACGUGGACAACUCUCACUCGAACAAGCAUUGCUGAACAUCGAAGAGGACUGUAACUUUAGUGUUACAGUGGACGAUCACACUUAUCACUUUCAGGCGCCCGAUAUUGUUGAGCGAGAUAAAUGGGUGUCAGAGCUUGACAACGCCAUCCGAAACUCCAAAACGAACAAUCAGCUUUUCAUCGAUGAAAACGGAGACAUCCAGCGCCGAAUAGAAGAAGCGGAACAAUAUCUGCAGCUCAUAGAAAAGAUUCAAAUCGAAACACAAAACUCAUCGGCAACGGAAGCAGCUACUUUAGCAACACUCACAUCUGGUCUGAUAGAAAACGGUGCCGAAGGAGCCCUUAUGUUGCGCGCUGCAGCUGGAAGCAGCAAAGAGAGCAACCGGUCCAAACAAGUCGAUGAGACGAAAAAUAACUCGUCUGCCGAGAUUGCCGUCAAAGAGAAAAAAUGUGAUUCUAUGAGCGACUUUAGCCCAAUCGCGGUGAGCCAUCAGGAAACGCUGACAAGCUCGGACGAUGAAUUCCAUGAUUGCGACGAUGUAUCAGAGCAUAGAGUCAUGAUGAGUGGACAAGAGCCAGUUGAAUUUAUGGAAGAAGAAAAUGAUAGAGGGGGCAAGGAAGGGGAGGGCGUUGAAGCCCACAAGUCAGUCAUUCUGCACCUAAUCAAGCAAGUGAGAAUCGGCAUGGAUCUCACAACAGUUGUACUGCCAACAUUUAUCUUGGAACGGAGGUCGCUGCUGGAAAUGUAUUCCGACUUCUUUGCUCAUCCUGAUUUUUUCUCCAUGAUUCCAACUUUCCCCACGCCGCGUGAAAGAUUGAUUGCUGUAAUCAAAUGGUAUUUGACCUCCUUUCAUGCAGGUCGAAACGGUUCUGUUGCCAAAAAGCCAUACAAUCCUAUAAUUGGGGAAACAUUCCGCUGCUUUUGGAAGACUGGCUCUCCAGACUCAGAAAGCCCUUUGAAUAAACGAGGCCCAGUUCCUUGGUCGAAAGAGGACGAUGUCAGCUUUCUGGCCGAGCAAGUCUCCCACCAUCCUCCUGUGUCUGCUUUCUACGCAGAAAAUGUCCAAAAAAGGAUACAGUUUAGUGGGCAUAUCUGGACGAAAUCACAGUUCCACGGCUUGUCUAUAGGAGUCGAGAAUAUCGGAAAUGGGAAGCUUGAACUUUUGGAUCUAAACGAAAGCUACGAGCUGACAUUUCCGUGUGGCUACUGUCGGUCGAUUUUAACCGUACCUUGGGUGGAACUUGGUGGUGACACGAAGCUGACGUCAUCGACUGGCUACCGUGCGGACGUCAAGUUCCAUACGAAAUCCUUCAUUGGUGGCAAGAUGCAUAAAGUCAGCGCACAGUGCUUCGAGCCAAACGCAAAGAAACCCUUUGCGGAAUUCGAGGGAGAAUGGAACGCGGACUUUCACUGGACUGAAAAUGUGAAUGGUGAAAAGCGAGGCCCCAACGAGUUUGUUGAUACUCGCAAAAUUCCAGUUAGUCGAAAGUUUGUCAAAAGUAUUAGCCAGCAAGAACCAACAGAAUCAAGGCGUCUCUGGAAGGACGUUACAGAGAAUUUGAAAAUCAACGACAUCGAAAAAGCGACAACUGGAAAGCGUCGUCUGGAGCAGAAGCAGCGUGACGAGCGCAAAUACCGCGAGGAGAACAAAAUCACUUACCAGCAAAAACUCUUUACGAAAAACGCGAAAGGCGACUGGAGAUACAACCACGAGCUGAAAUCGCGGAGCCACAGUACCUAA